CUGGUGAUGCUUUGAGUUAGGAAACUAAACUACCUAGCUCGCUAGCCUUUAAUAGCCUAGUAAUACAAACUACCAAGCUCUAAGGCUAGCAACUAUUGGCCAAGUGUAGUAUAAACUACGGAGCUACAAGACUAGUACCUAUUAGCCUAGUAGAAGAAACUACCUAGCUUCAAGGCUAGCACCUCUUAGCCUGGUAGUACAAAGCAGAAAGCCCUCACGUCCAGCCGCAGCAGUCCGCACUCAGCCAGCAGGAGCGACUUAUGGACCGCCGUGUCUUCUCCGGAGUGACAGAGCCCCCGAAAGCGCACAAUGCACGCAGAAGACGCUACCUGAUGUGCUUCUGCUACAAAAGAUGAUAUGGACUGAUUUUCUGCACAUGUAAUAACGCCACGCCGAUAGGCCAGGCAGGGAAUUGAAGGAAAGCCAGAAACAUCCAAAGUCCUUCCCCACACCGGAGAUUGACAGCUAACGUUAGUCCGUGUGAGAGUGUGCCUAUGGCCGAGUCUGGGGAGAACGACAGAGGUCUGCCUCCGUCGAGUACAGGGGAUCCACCCGUGCCUAGCGACGAGGGGACCGGCAAGACGCAUUGCGAAGCGUCGUUCUUGAACGGGGACUGUGGGAUAUCAUCAAACAUGGUUGGGUCUGGAUCCAUCGCUGUACCUGGCAGUCAAGCUGGUCUUGAUGCCGCCAACACAUCGGUCGGAAUGGAUGCCAAAUCUGGAAUACCACGCCGGAGCAGUAUUAUCAAGGAUGGCUCGCGGCAGCGCAAAGAGAGGAAGAAGACGGUGUCCUUCAGCAGCAUGCCCACGGAGAAGAAGAUCAGCAGUGCCAGCGACUGCAUCAACGCCAUGGUGGAUGGCUCGGAGCUGAAGAAGGUGCGCUCCAACUCCCGCGUCUACCACCGCUACUUCCUGCUCGACGCCGACAUGCAGUCGCUGAGGUGGGAGCCCUCGAAGAAGGAGUCGGAGAAGGCCAAGAUUGACGUCAAGUCCGUCAAGGAGGUGCGGACGGGCAAGAACACGGACACGUUCCGGACCAAUGGCAGCUACGAUCAGAUAUCGGAGGACUGCGCCUUCUCGAUCAUCUACGGUGAGAGCUAUGAGUCGCUGGACCUGGUCGCGAAUUCCGCCGACGUAGCGAACAUCUGGGUGACGGGUCUGAGGUAUCUGAUCUCUUACGGGAAGCACACCUUGAACAUGAUUGAGAGUAUCCAGAACAGCAUGCGCUCCUCUUGGCUCGGGGAACUCUUCGAUGAGACCGACGUCCACAACAGUAAGCAGGUGAACAUAUGUGCAGCGGUGCAACUGGUGAAAAAUCUAAACCCGGGACUAAAAAAUGUAAAGAUAGAGUUGAAAUUCAAGGAGUUCCACAAAGCUAAGGACAAAACAGGCCCUGACGUGACCAAAGAGGAGUUCAUUGAAGUGUUUCAUGACCUCUGCACCCGACCAGAAAUCUAUUUCCUCUUUGUUCAGUUUUCCAGCAACAAAGAGUUUCUGGACACCAAGGACUUGAUGAUUUUCCUCGAGGCCGAGCAGGGCAUGGCUCAAGUGAGCGAAGAGACAAGCCUGGAGGUGAUACAGAGCUACGAACCGUCCCGAGAGGGCCAGCUCAAAGGCUGGCUUUCCCUGGAUGGCUUCACCAACUACCUUAUGUCGCCGGAGUGCCAUAUCUUUGACCCCGAACAAAAGACAGUGUGCCAAGACAUGAACCAGCCACUGUCUCACUAUUACAUCAACGCCUCGCACAACACGUACCUGAUCGAGGAUCAGUUCAGGGGGCCCUCGGACAUCACAGGGUACAUCCGGGCCCUUAAGAUGGGCUGCCGCAGCGUAGAGUUGGACGUGUGGGACGGGCCUGACAACGAACCGGUCAUUUACACCGGACACACCAUGACCUCGCAGAUCGUUUUCCGCACCGUCAUCGACAUCAUUAACAAGUACGCUUUUGUGGCGUCAGAGUUCCCGCUAUUACUGUGUCUCGAAAAUCACUGUUCCCUGAAGCAGCAGAGGGUCAUGUUCCAGCACCUGAAAAAGAUCCUGGGUGACAAGCUCUACCUCGACCCUCCAAAACCCGAGGAGCUCUAUCUCCCCUCGCCCUUUGAAAUGAAAGGUCGAAUCCUGCUGAAGGGCAAGAAGCUCAGCACAAACGUCACCGGUUCAGAGGGUGAGGUGACGGAUGAGGACGAGGGUGCGGAGAUGUCCCAGCGGAUGACCAUCGAGUCUGGGGAACAGCAGACUCCCGCGCCCAAGAAGUUCCAGCUCUCCAAGGACCUCUCCGACCUGGUGACCCUGUGUAAAUCGGUGGAGUUCAAAGACUUCCCGACGUCCUUUCAGAACCAGAGGCCCUGGGAGCUGUGCUCCUUCAACGAGGUCUUAGCGAGCCGUUGUGCGAGUGAAUUUCCAGGCGAUUUCGUGAAUUACAACAAAAAGUAUCUGGCGCGCGUUUACCCCAGCCCGAUGCGGAUCGACUCGAGCAACAUGAAUCCUCAGGACUUCUGGAAGUGCGGUUGUCAGAUCGUUGCGAUGAACUACCAGACGCCCGGCCUCAUGAUGGACCUAAACAUCGGCUGGUUCCGACAGAACGGAAGCUGUGGCUACGUGCUGCGCCCGGCCAUCAUGAGGGAACAGGUGUCCUACUUCAGCGCCAACACCAAAGACUCUGUUCCUGGCGUGUCCCCACAGCUGCUGCACAUCAAGAUCAUCAGCGGACAGAACUUCCCAAAGCCCAAAGGCUCCGGGGCCAAGGGAGACGUGGUGGACCCCUACGUGUACGUGGAGAUCCACGGUAUACCUGCGGACUGCGCCGAACAGAGGACUAAGACGGUCACCCAGAACGGGGAGAACCCGCUGUUCGACGAGAGCUUUGAGUUCCAGAUCAACCUGCCGGAGCUGGCCAUGGUGCGCUUCGUAGUGCUGGACGACGACUACAUCGGUGACGAGUUCAUCGGCCAGUACACCAUCCCCUUUGAGUGUCUUCAGCCGGGCUUCCGGCACAUACCGCUGCAGUCUCUCACCGGGGAGUUGCUGCCCCACGCCUGGCUGUUCGUCCACGUGGCCAUCACCAACCGACGGGGGGGUGGCAAGCCCCACAAGCGGGGGCUGUCGGUUCGCAAGGCUAAGCGGAGCAGGGAGUACGCAAGCAUGCGGGUGCUGUUGAUCAAGGCCCUGGAUGACGUCUUCAAGACGGCCAUGGUCCCGUUGAGGGAGGCCACGGACCUCCGGGAAAACAUGCAGAACGCCAUUGUGCCCUUCAAGGAGCUCUGCGGCCUGUCAGCGGUGGCCAACCUGAAGCAGUGCAUCCUGGCACUCUGCCCCAGGCUCAUGGGCCCCGACGGUAGCCCCCUGCUGCUGUUCGACCUCGGUGACCAGUACCCCAACCUUGAGGCCCAAGGCGUGCCCCCUGAGGUCCUCAAGAAGGUGGUCACCACCUAUGAACUGAUGAUCCAAACGAGCAGGACUCUCCUGGAGAACUCGGAAGCCGUCCACGAGAGAAUCCUGCAGACUCAAAAAGCGGCGAUGGAGUUCCACGAGAACCUCCAGGAGCUGGCGGUGAAGGAGGGUCUGAAAGGGAGGAAGCUCCACAAGGCGGUGGAGAGCUUCACCUGGAACAUCACCAUCCUGAAGGGCCAGGCGGACCUGCUGAAGCACGCCCGGAACGAGGUGCAGGAGAACCUGAAGCAGAUCCACUACGCCGCCCUGACCUCCAGCCUCAGCAAGGGAGGCCACGGCCACCCCCGCGUCUCCUCCGGCUCCUCCGAGUCCAGGAACGGCCGCGGCCUGCAGGUCAUCCCGGAGAAGGCCUCCGCCGAGGACCAGCUCUCCGACCAGGACUUUUGAGCCGGUCGUGUUCUCCGGUACCCUACCCCUCCUCCGCUCCCACCCGCCCCCCCGCUCCAAAACCCCACCACCUCCUCGCCACGCCGCCUUUUGCCUGUUAGGAACCCUCGUACUUUGUAGCCCGACACUGAGUUCAACUACUCCCACCCCCACAGACACUUUUGGUUUUUGUACAUUCCCGCCGUUGAGAACAUUCCCAACGUCACACACUCAUCCUUCUGAAAGCUCCUUAGAGGCGGGUUCAAAAGAACGGAGCCAGACUGAUGUGGCAUCCAAGGGAAACGUAUAAUCUGUAUUUAGGAUGAUUCAGAUGCAGCCUUCCAAUAAGCUGGAGCAGUGAGUCAGCUGAAGACGGGUGUGACCUUGACAGCUCUGCUCAGAUGGCGCCGCCUCACUGAGUCUUCACAGGGAUCACCUGAAUGCCAACGAGUACUUCCCCCGUCAAGGGAGCGAGGCGUCUCGGGGCGGGGGGGGGAACCUGGGACCUCUCCACUCUCAACCGCACUCUCACCACCGAUAAUUUACCGUUUAGCGUCUGUCGCCCCUGUUCUUCUGUACCACAUCUCCACACCUCACUAUUGGGGGAGCCGGGGGAAACCUUGGGAAUCACGUAGCCAUGGAGCCGCCUUAGCCAGUGGUGGCACACUCAAACCACCGGACUGGAUCCUGGGCUGCAACGGGUCGAAUCCGGGGUUCCACCGGAGCGGACUCUGGGUAGGAAGGGACCAGAGUCCUGCGGCUCGUCCGGACCGGAUCCUUUUUUUCCGAUGGAUCUUUCAAAGCACAAUUUUACUGAAGAGUAUUUUUUUUUCUUUCUGACCAAUCAGAGACUGGAGCUGUGAAUGUAGCGGUAGGCAGAAAGGAAGGGGAAGGGGGGGGGGGGGGGGGGGGACAAGGUAAAAGAAGAAAAGUAUAAAAUAACCGAUAAGAACCGUUUACAACACUGCACUUGUUUGUGUUCUUGUCUGCCAAAUAGUAUGCUAUCCCUCGUGUACAGACGGAGUACCCUGGUCCUUUUCUUUAUCCCUGACGUGCAUUGUUUUAUUAGUCUUAUUGUAAACUUGGAAAUACGAUUUAUUUUGUAAAAGAUAUGACUUGUUCAUGGAAGAGAAAAGAAAAAGUAAUUAUUUUAUUCUGUAUAGAGCUCUUAAUUUGGCAGGCGGGGAAACUUCUGAGGGGUGGGAUGAGGAGAGGGUGUCGCAACAAUGUGACCUAUGACCUUUCCCACUGGAACGUUCCUUUGUGGAAACACUAGGAACAGUAGUAGAAUGUAGUGUGUGUGUGUGUGUGUGUGUGUGUGUGUGUGUGUGUGUGUGUGUGUGUGUGUGUGUGUGUGUGUGUGUGUGUGUGUGUGUGUGUGUGUGUGUGUGUGUGUGUGUGUGUGUUCUCCAAGCAAACGCCCCAAGUGUCAAAUAUUAAACCAGCAACUUAAAGCAACCACAGAAAAGAGCUGGUGGCAUGUGACCUUGAGCUCAACAACUAACUCAAAGAUGUUUCUGUUUAUUUUGUAUUCAUAACUUGAAUUCAUUCAAAUGAAUUAUAGAAGAGAUUGUGUUUUUUCUCCCAUGGUAUUUUCAUUAAAAGACCCGAUAAAGAAU